AUGGUGAACUUAUCUGAAGAUUGUGGAAACAGAAAGAGUGUGGACUUCAGAAAAGUGUUUGUGAGAGGUAAGUGUGUUUCUUUCUCUCCUUCUGUGAUUAAUAACUUCUUGGUAAGAACAAAUGAAGCUCAACCUGGGCUUGAAGUGACAGACAACAAGGUUUGUCAAGUGAUCACAACCAAGCAGGUAAAAAGCUGGCCCUUAAAAGAGAAACUAACUGCAAGUAAGCUGAGCAUCAAGUAUGCAAUGCUUCACAAGAUAGAAGCAGCUAAUUGGGUACCAACAAAUCACAAGUCCACUAUUUCAACUGUUCUUGGCAGAUUUUUGUAUGAUGUAGGAACAAAGGCAAAGUUUGACUAUGGAACAUAUAUUUUUGACCAAACUAUGAAGCAUGCUAGAAGCUUCAGUGUUAAGGGUCCAAUUGCCUUUCCAUCCCUCCUGUGUGGCAUAAUUCAGACUCAGUAUCCCAACAUUCUCAAUGAACAUGAUGUAGGUACGCAUGUUCCAGACAUUGUCAUGACAUCGGCUGAAACAUCCAAGUCUGGAGCAUCAGCCAGCAAAGCAAAAGUCAUAGCAAUGUUAAAAGAGACCUGCAAAGAGCUGGAAGCUAGGAAGAUAUCCCUUGAAAAGAUGAUAAGCACUCUGGAAAUGGAUGAGAAUGUGGAUUUUGCAGAUGCUGUAGAGAUGGCAGAUGAAGAUGAAUAA